UCCUGGGCUUCAUCAUCAUAUUUAUCACACCCUCCCAGAUUCCCACAUGCUUACAAGGGGCUCAUUCUUUUCUCCAGCUGUAGGAAACCCAGCGGUGCCUCCCGCUGAAUACCUGAGCGCAGCGCCUGUUUUUCAUGGGAUGUGGAUGAAGGCACCUAUUUCCGGGGACUUUCCCUGAACAACACUGAAAUGUGACGCUUUCCUCAAUCCGUUUAAGUACUGAUCCAGCCGAACCGGACAUCUCCCUUUCCAUUUUUUGAAUAUCUUGCCCCAUUCGCUUUAGAUCCAGGCUGGACGGACCCGGAUCGUGCGCGCUGCGGGGUCUCGUGGGAUUGCGCGUUUAGAGAGGAUCUUAGAUCCCGUGUUUCCUGUUCUUCUGCACGGGAAGAGGGCCGGGCAGAUGAGUAUGAGGCUUGCAAACAUCUCCCUUUGGUCAGAACCAACCCGAACCGACUUCACUUGAAUGGUAAAGGGAUCGACUCUGGACUGGAUCCGGGUGAUGUGGCAGAUUCUGGAGGCUGAACGCUGAAUCCUUUCCUCAAGACGGCCAGUGAAGAUGGGUCCUACUUGUUCAAUGUGUAUCUCAUUAGACUGGCGUCCAGUUUGAUUAACAUCAUCAGUGAUGUAGUCAGCCUGGUCAUCUGCGUCCUCAUCAUCUGCACCAAGUACUCGCAUCUGCUCAAGAAGGAAACCGUGAAGAUGAUCCUCCUGCGUAAAUUCCGGGUCCUGAUCCUCAUGGUGUUCCUGGUGGCCUGCUCCAUGCACAUCAUGAUCGACCUGUUACCCAAGCUGGAGCGCCAGGGCACCGCCGGCUGCUCCUGCGCGCACACGCCGAGCGAAGAGCCGGUCCGCAGCUGGGCCAAGCAGAGCUGGCCCAACAAGCACACCCUGCGGAUCCUUCAGGACUUCAGCAGCGAGCCCAGCUCCAACGCGUCCUCCCGCUCCUUGGAUCGGAUCCCUGCUGACAGGGCGCCCGGUCCGCAGCUGCCCGGUCAGCGCGUCGACAGGAAGCGAGCCUUCAUCCAGGAGGCUGGGGUGGCCCACAGGAGACCGGCCAAAGGUUCCAGGCUGUCUGCUCUGUUUGAGCAUCCCUUCUAUAGAAGAUCUCUGCCGCCUCUGACGGAUGAAGACACGCUGUUCAACGUCAACACGGACAUCAGAUUUGACCCCAAAGCUGCGGAGGACCAGGCAUGGACCGGGGAAGGUACAGAUGAUGAGUUUAGUCCCACAGGGGAGCUGACGCCUGAGUCCUACCCCAACUGGCUCCGCUUCCACAUUGGGAUUAACCGCUAUGAGCUGUACUCCCGACACAACCCGGUCAUCGACGCUCUCCUUAAAGAUCUGGCGACGCAGAAGAUCACCAGCGUCGCUAUGAAGUCUGGAGGCACUCAGCUGAAGCUCAUCAUGACCUUCCAGAACUACGGCCAGGCGCUGUUCAAGCCGAUGAAGCAGACCCGGCAGCAGGAAACCCCGCCAGACUUCUUCUACUUCUCUGACUUCGAAAGACACAACGCAGAGAUCGCUGCCUUUCAUCUGGACAAGAUCCUGGAUUUCCGGCGCGUCCCACCUGUUGCUGGCAGGCUGGUCAACAUGACAAAGGAGAUCAGAGACGUUACCCGAGACAAAAAGCUGUGGAGGACCUUCUUCAUCUCUCCAGCCAACAAUGUGUGUUUCUACGGUGAGUGCUCGUACUACUGCUCCACCGAGCACGCUCUGUGCGGGAAGCCAGACCAGAUAGAGGGAUCCCUGGCUGCCUUCCUUCCAGACCUGGCCCUCGCCAAGCGCAAGACCUGGAGGAACCCAUGGAGGCGCUCCUACCACAAACGCAAGAAGGCUGAAUGGGAGGUGGAUCCAGAUUACUGCGAGGAGGUGAAACAGACUCCACCAUACGACAGUGGCACACGGCUACUGGACGUCAUGGACAUGACCAUCUUUGACUUCCUCAUGGGGAACAUGGAUCGACAUCACUAUGAGACAUUUGAAAAGUUUGGAAACGAGACAUUCAUCAUCCACCUGGACAAUGGCAGAGGUUUUGGAAAACACUCUCAUGAUGAGAUGUCCAUCCUGGUGCCACUUGUGCAGUGCUGCAGGGUGAAAAAGUCGACCCAUCUGCGCCUGCAGCUGUUGGCAAAGGAGGAGUACAAGCUGUCAGUUCUCAUGGCAGAAUCCAUGACGAGGGACCGGCUUGACCCCAUCCUCAUCCAGCCUCACCUGGACGCCAUGGAUCGACGUUUGCGCCUGGUGCUGAAUACUCUGUCGGAGUGCAUCGACAAGGAGGGCUACAGCUACGUGGUUGAGGACGACCUCCAGGAAGACCUAGGGGCCGACCACACACACAGUGACCCCAGGAGGAGGUAGCCAGGGGGUCCAGUUGCCUGGAUUGGACUGACUCCCAUGAGAAAUGAGACUUGACACUUAUCUGAAUCCGUCUGUUGGUGAAACGUAGCAGGCAGACCUCUACUUGAGGGGAAAUUCAGCUGUCAGACACACAGACCAUGCAAAGACUUUUUUAAACUGGACCUGGAUGGAUCAGAGAACCAACCUUUAGCCAACAAGGACCCAGGAAGGAGGCAGCUUGUGGCUCAUGGACCCUUAUGUUUGAAUUCAGUGAAUUCUGAGGGCCCCUUUAAAAACAGCCCUCCUAAUUCUUCCUGAACUAAUCAGUAUAAGAGGAGGUGGAGCUGAAACUGGAUCAAAAUGAAGUUUUACUAAUUUCUUUUGUAAAAUAUUUUGUUGCUUAGUUUCUUUUUUUAAAUUUUUAUUUCAGCUAAUCGGUUCCAGCCUCUUGUUAGAGGUUGUUGUUGGAGUACAGGUUUACUUCUAGAUCAUUUUGUUCAUAAACUUCUACUGGAGAGAGUAUUUAUUAAAAUUCUUAUUUAUUUGCCUCCCCACCAAAAAGGAAAAAAAAAAAAAAAGUUUUUAACGAAAAAGGAAGUGAAAUAAUUUUCAACAGAAUAGUGCACUUCUCUGUUUCUCCACAAGAGGGCGUGCAACAACCUAGUUUCUGGUAAUGGUGGUUCUGCCCUUUGUCUUGUCAGCAUUUAAUCAGUUUCCAGCAGCUGUUUUAUCUCUUUCUCUUCAGAUGUCAGGGUAGAUUUAAGCCAAAUGUGACACUAAUUAUUAUUACAAUGAUGAUUAUUUUUGGUUUGUAAUGUAUUUGAUGUGCUGAUGUUGCUGUUGUGGAAAGAUAAUCUUUCAGGAUGUAAAUUUCCUUCAACAGCUUCUAUCUGAGCUGUUGUCAAUGAUUCAGUCACUGGCUGAAAGUUAAUAUAUACAGUAGGAAAAUCUAGUGCCUGUGCAAUGAUAGAAAUACUUGAAUGUGUGGUUUCAUAGCAGGGUGGGAGGGUGCAAACUGUAGAGCUCUUCAUAAGUGUCUGUGCUGAACAAGGCGGAUUCCUAAAGCUUUUAUUAUCUACUUCCUGUGGUCCUGUCUGUGUCAGGGCAGAACGGAGGAUGGGGGUGUGUGGGAAUCCAUGAAGACCGUGGUUCUAAAUUUAAAAAGACAAAAAAAAGCUUCUUUCUUUUAUUGAAUCAUUGUUUUUUUUAUUUUCUUUUAUUUCUUUGCAUCAUGGUAACAGUGCAAUAAAACUAAAUCAGCAUAA